GGCGGAAAAGCAUGCCUUUCGUCUGCUGUUGACUUGGAAAAAUAGACAUUAUAACGCAGUUUCAAGGUUCAUGGUUGCUUUUAUGUUAAAGUUGAACGUAGAGUCAAGCGAUGAUGAUUCUGAUUCUAAAAACAAGUUUGCAACAACAUAUCAGUGCAACAAUAGCCAUACAGGAGUCAGUGACCCUUUACAACACACAGCACGAGCAACUCACAGACAGUGUUCUACAAGACCACAUGUGUUUGACUAUUUUGGGUGGAUGGGCAAGUUCACCCCUUGUUACAGGGUGAAAGGCGAUCAGGUUUUGGUCAUCACUGAACCAACACAGUUCUAUGAAGUUCUGAAGAUCAAAGCAAGGAAAGCCAGAAAAAGGAUAACAAUAGCAUCACUCUAUCUUGGAACUGGUCAGCUAGAACAUGACCUUGUUGGUUGUGUCAGAGAGGCAUGUGAAAAUGCCAGGAAAGAUGGAAAUUGUGACAUGAAGGUGAACAUACUGUUGGACUACACCCGAGGGUCCCGGGGGAAGACUGCCAGUUCGAGAACUAUGUUACAGUCGCUUCUAAAAGACUUCCCUUCAUGUAUGGACGUAUCGUUAUACCACACUCCAGAUCUGAGGGGCUUGCUGAAACGAGUAGUGCCAGAAAGAUUUAACGAAACCAUUGGAUUGACCCACCUAAAAGUGUACCUGUUUGAUGACAGUGUUAUCAUUAGCGGGGCAAAUCUGAGUGACAACUACUUCACCAACAGACAGGACAGAUAUGUGUUAUUCAAUGACAGUAAGUCUCUAGCAGACUUCUUUGACAAUCUGGUGAAGACAGUGGGCAACUUUUCCUUCAAGAUGAACCAUGACAACACCCUAACACUUCCAGAUGAUGAAUCUGUACAUCCAUUUACAGAUAAAGAUGAUGGAUGUAGAUUUAAGAGGAGAGCACGGAAACAUAUUCAAAAUCUGCUUACUUCAGCAAUGGAAGAAACAUGGAAUAUGGAAGAUGAAAGUCGUAGUAGUGAUCGCACACACAGUGAGGACGAUGAAGACAGUUCAUCUGGCUAUGACACAUUGGUGUACCCACUGAUACAGAUGGGGCCGUUUGGGAUCACACAUGAUGAGAACAUCACUUUGAAAUUGUUCCGAUCUGCAUCUCAAGGAGAUGAGAUUCUCCUUGCCUCCGGCUACUUCAACCUGACCGAUCACUACAUGAAUGUAAUUCUGCAGGAGUCGUAUGCCAAGUAUGGCAUUCUAAUGGCAUCACCAGAGGUGAAUGGUUUCUUCGGUGCCAAAGGGAUUGCUGGAUCUAUUCCGACAGCAUAUGUGCACAUAGCCAACCAGUUCUUCAAGAGCUUGGUUUGGUAUGGUCAGACACGGAGAAUCCAGAUGUUCGAGUACUUCCGAGACAAGUGGACCUUCCAUGUGAAAGGCUUGUGGUAUUACCUUCCUGGAGAGAGCCUCCCCAGCCUCACCUUCAUUGGCUCUCCAAACUUUGGGUACAGGUCGGUGUAUCGAGACCUAGAGUGUCAGCUGGCUGUUGUCACGGAGAACAAACACUUGCGGGAACAGCUACGUGAGGAGCAUGUCAGACUGUACCAAUCCUCGAACCUAGUGACCUCAGAUCUCUUCAAGCGGAAAGACAGGCAUGUGCCAAUGUGGGCCAAGGCAGUGACAACUAUCAUAAAGAAUUUCUUCUAGACAUUAAUUACAGUGAAUAUAUGGGAUGUGGCAAUACAUAUUUUGUACAUUGAUUAUUUUUGCAAUUAAAACAUAAAAACUGUGAA